AAAAUCUUGCCAUCCACGUUUCACCACUAGGCCGCCACCACGCAACCAUGCUACGUGCCAAAUGGGCUACUGGCUAUACCAUGGUUUAUAUUCCCCGGUAGAACUACACAGCCUCCUUACGUUUCUUCCUUACAUCCUCUUCGACAAAAGAAAAAGCACAAGAAGAGCAAAAUGGUCAUGGUGCGCGGCGCGAUCAACUUCUCCUAUCAAGUGGCCUCCUUUGCAUCCAGGACGGCCAGCAAGAAUCCAUCGCUCUGUUCUGCGAUGCCGAGGAGGUCCUUGGCGAGCAUGGCUGCGCGAGCACAGCAGCCCCAGUCGCGAGGAGCGUCGCAGCCAACGUAUGGCGAAGUCUUUAACGCGCGGGGCGACCUCCGCGAGCAGCCCAUCACUGCCGAGGACGCUGCUAUGAUGCGCAGCGUGGAGAACGCACGAUUCGGGCAGACAAUCAAGGGAGGCACCGCCGCCAAAAUGCAGUCGGCCGUCGAUAGAGCUUCUGCUGCUGCGUCUGCCACUCCUGCCAGUGCCACAGAUGAUGUCUUCGCAACGCAAGUUCCUGCCGCGGACUUUUCUGGAGACGAUUUCUAUGCCGCGCAGCAGGUUCCAACGCUGGAUGAAAUAGCCACCACGGAUGCUUUCAUGGAUUCCGUCGACAUCGAUGUUAGUACGAUGGGAGUGCCAGCAACCGGGACAGUGGACGUCGUCGACCAUCCCAUCACCAUUGGAGAGGCAUUGGAAGUUGCCGCGGAAAACAUUGGAGACAAGCCGAUCACUCGUCCCGAUGCAAAAGUCAUCCAGAGCGCCGAGAGCCGUGCAACUGGCAAUGCUACCGGGGUGAAGCGGGUGGUGGCCGCGGAAGCACAGUCGGCUGCUGACAUGAACGCUGCAGGAUCCACUACAGCGAUCCCCACGGUGAAGGAUGUGCUGGAUAACGCCGCCGCUAAGAUGCCGAUCGACAAGGUUGUAACUCACGAGGACGCAUCUCGAGUUCAAUCUGUUGAGAAGCGGAACACUGGGGGACUGGAGCCGGGUGGAAUCGCCGCAACGCUGCAGUCUGCUGCUGACAAGAAUGCGGCGUCGGACUUUGAGCCGCGGUAUGGUAGCGAGGGAAGGAUCCCAAACGUGUAAGCUCACUCGUUGAUGACUUGUUCUUGUAAAUAUGUUGUAAGAACUUUAGAUCACAAAGUUUUGCUGUGUAAGAACUUACCAGCCCAGGGAAACUUUUUGAUCGCCAUGAAGAGCGACGAGAGGAGCACCGGCAAAAACUCGCUUCCAUAUCUGGACAUAGUUGUGAUGGCUUUUUACAUUCGAUCAAACAAUGCUCUAUAGCCCUCUCG